UAACAGGAACUACACAUGCAGUAUUGAUACUUGGUAAUUUUUAACACAAAAUACCCUUGUUUGGAAUAUUUAAUUUACUUAAAUGACAAAUGCUAUGAUUCAAAUAACUGUUUAUGAGGUGGACUGGAAGGCUUUGAAAGUAAGGAAGUUGAUUUUUGUGAACCACGUGUUUACACGUGAUUUGCAUGUCACGUGAUUACCAAUUGUUUCAAAGUCCACCCAUAUCCAUUCCAUUGAAAUUAUGCCAAACACAUGGAAGAGGCCCAAAAUCCACUCGAUGAUCAUAACAAUUCUGAUUCUACUGAUGAUGAUUUCGACUUUUCUAUGAUACCAGUUGAUGAAUUCUUUGCUGAUGAUUGGGAAGCUGAUGAUGCUGUUGCUGACUCCAAGCCCUGUCCGAGUCCUGAGCGGCACACAGUGAACAAUUCUAGUGUUUAUGAAGAUAUUCCUGGUUUUGAUUACGAGGCAGGCCAGUCUUAUAUAUACCCUACCAACUAUCCAAUUCGUGAUUAUCAGUUCAACAUCGUGAAUAAAUGCCUCUUUAAAAAUACACUUGUAUCUCUUCCUACUGGCCUUGGGAAAACGUUUAUUGCUGCAGUUGUGAUGUAUAAUUUCUAUCGCUGGUAUCCUUGUAAGAAGGUCAUUUUCCUGGCACCAACAAAGCCCCUUGUUUCUCAGCAAGUUGAAGCUUGUUACAACAUUAUGGGUAUUCCUCAGGAAGACACAAUAGAAAUGACAGGGUCGGUGGCUCCAAAAGACAGAAAUCACCACUGGAAUACAAAACGAGUGUUUUAUCUCACUCCUCAAGUUCUGCAGAAUGACCUCAACCAGGAAACCUGUAAUGCUGAGGACAUUUGUUGUAUUGUGUUUGAUGAAGCACACAAAGCUUUAGGAAAUCAUUCAUAUUGUCAAGUAAUCAAGAAGCUGAUUAGUGCAAAUGCUACUGUACGCGUUUUAGCUCUCUCUGCUACUCCUGGUAGUGAUCUUAAGGCAGUUCAGCAAGUUAUUGAUAACCUUCAAAUCGCUCACAUUGAGUUGAGAUGUGAAGAUUCGCUAGACAUCCAACAAUACAAUCAUGGAAGGAAAGUGGAAAAGAUUGUUGUACCUUUAGAUGAGGAAAUUUUGCAAGUCAGGGAAUCUUUUAAGAAAAUGCUUGUUAAUUUUUUAAGUCGUUUGGCCCGUCAGAAUCUCAUUUAUUCUACUGAUGUUGACAGAUUGGGCAAAUUUCAAAUGUUGCAGGCUCGUGAAAGUUUUAGAAAAUUGUGUCCAAGUGGGGCUCAGGCCAGUGCUAUUGAAGGCAUAUUUUGUCUUUGUAUUUCUCUGUUUCAUGCCUAUGAGCUUCUACUUCAACAUGGCAUGCGCUCCUUUUAUGUUUUUCUCAAAGAAAGUGUUUCUGAAGGUUAUUCAAGAGCUAAAAUGGAGCUCUCUUAUAGUCAUGACUUCAAAAAAAUGAUGUCAUUCCUGGACAGCAAAAUGACUGAAGCUGUCAAUACUAGCCUACAGUUGAACAGCUCUAUGUAUUGCCCCUCAGUGAAGCCAACAGCUGAUUUUUUUUAUAGUCAUCCUAAGUUAAAGGAAUUGGAGAAAGUUGUUUUAUCACAUUUUGAAAGUUCUAGUGGUUCACCAACCAAAGUCAUGAUUUUCUCCCAAUACCGGGAAAGUGUCCGUGAAAUAGCAGACAUGUUAUCUCGACAUUUUCCAGUCAUUCAAGUUAUGAGUUUUAUUGGUCAUUCAUCAACUGGUAAAAACAAGAGUGGCGGCAAAGGACAAACUCAAAAAGAGCAAAUUGAAGUCAUAAUGAAGUUUCGUGAAGGUGGCUAUAAUACACUUGUAUCUACAUGUGUUGGUGAAGAAGGGCUUGAUAUUGGGGAAGUAGAUUUGAUAGUUUGUUUUGAUGCUCACAAAUCUCCUGUCCGUUUGAUACAAAGAAUGGGUCGUACUGGACGAAAGAGGCAAGGAAGAAUUGUGGUCAUUGUAAGCCAGGGAAAAGAAGAACAGAUUUAUCUUAAAAGUCAAUCCAACAAGGCUAGUGUUCAUCGUGCUAUCAGGGAUGGCUCCAAGUCUUUGACUAUGUUCCAGUUUAGUCCAAGAAUGGUUCCACGUCAUUUAUUUCCUAAGGUUGAUAAGCGAUUCAUUGAAAUUGAAAAAUUUAAUAGUAAACAGAAGCUUCCUAAAACUACUGCCAAGUUUCCUACUUCUAAGAAUAUUGGGAUUUAUUUGAAGAAUGAUCCGAAAGGAGUGUUUCUGACGUCAAGUGAAUUAGCAUACUGGCAUAGUAAUUUUGCUUUGACGGAACAUGAAGCAAAGUCAAUUGAAACUGGCAUGAUUAGCUGUUUAUUUCCCAAGCUUCUGUUAUCAUCAGGUCAAUGUAAACUUGAGCCUACUCCUACCAUUGCUAAUCGAUCACUUGUUUGUUUAAGCCGCUGGACACAUUUGCUGACAGCACCAACAGCUACUCAUUUUGUAAGUCAUUCACUGUCUUGUGACGCUCUAAAAAAUAUUCUUACUUUUGUCGAUAACUUACAGACAAAUGAUGAAUCAUUAGAUCAUGCCAUGCCAAAAAAUCAGAAAAGCUUUGAUGAUUGUAAUACAAGCCUCAUAACUGAUCAGAAUAUGAUUCAUAGCCCUGUUAAUGAUGCUGGCUCAGGUUUGAACUUGUGUAACAAUGUAACUUCCAGUCAAAGAUCUGUUCCUCUACCUCCAGCUAUAGAUACACUGGAUUGGUUAGAUGAUGUAAUGUCUACACAGCAUAUUAGAUCUGAUGAUAAAGGCAUACAGAUGAGGGAUGAAAGACAAGGCACUGUCAACCACAACAGUUUUUGUAACGGAUCACCUUCACAUCACUUAGAUAGUCAACGAGAAGUGCUAGAAGAUGGUACUUUAGCAACAGAUGUCGUUUGUACAAUACCAGAAAGUCCUGUGGCACAAAAAUGUCACAAGGCAGUCACUUGUUCCACACCUCAAAGCACAAAGAUUCUGCAACAAACAUCGUCACAUUUGAUUUCAAAUUCUCCUCAAAACCAGUUUGAUUCUCCAGUUCCUCGUCAUCUGCAAACACCCGAUAGUGAAGAUGUCUUUCUGAAGAAACUGGUCACUAAAAGAUUACGUGGGCGUGUGACAAUCAGGCAACCUAAUUUUUUACGUUCCCCAACACCAAAUAAUUCAGAACCUGCCAUUAGAUUAUUACAAGACAUAGAAGAAGCAGAUACUAUUGAUGCUGAAGAUUUUAUUAACAAGGAAGCAGAUAAUCCUGAUAGCUCAGGAUCAAGUGACGCUAAUGAAGCUGACAUGGAUGAAUAUGAUCUUAACGAUGACUUUAUUAAUGAUAAGUCAGUAUUGACACAGUACCUUCCACCUGGUCAGACUCAACACUCUCCAGUAGACAUGACAAGUGUCUAUCAUCGCUCACUCAUAAGCCCAUGCCAGGAUAAGUAUAAACUUGUAUUGAGUCAGCGUCAUGGGAUCUUGAAUUAUUACAUGAACAGAUCUGUAAGAGGAACCAAGAAGAGGAAGCUUGAAAUUGUGAAUGACGAAUCUGUUCUCUCUGAAGUUGACAAAACUAAAGAAAGAGUUUUGGACUCUUCUUUCUCAUCUGAAAACUCAGAUUGUUCUGUGCUACCUACUGCAUUAGAAUCUGGCAGUCAGAAGAUAUCAGCUACCACAUUAGAUGGAGAUCUAUCAUGCCGUCAAAGAGUAGCUCAACUGGCAUGCCGUCAAAGGAUAGCUCAACUAGUGCAAAGUGGAGUCAUUGUUAGCCCAUCACUUAUAAAUAAGGUUGCAAGUAUUGAAGAAAUGGAAAAUUCACUUGCUGAUAAUGGUGAGAAGUAUUUAACUGAAGAAGAAUUGGAAAUGUUUUUUUCUCAAGAUGAUAGUUUAGACUUGUUUUAAAUGGAACUUAACAUUGUUUGUUUAUUCAUAGUCUGUUUAGUAUUACUCAUAAAUUUUAAUAUUCUUUGUUCCAAUAAAAACUAUUUAAAUAUGCUUAUCACAAACUAA